AUGGCUGCUUCCUCGCUCGUCGACAUCGUUCACUUCUCUAGGGAGCAUCCUCCCAGAGCUUCCUCUACAUCCAAGGCCUCGCUCCUCCCUCCCCCUUCCCUGAGAUGGAGGCCCCUCUCCACCGGAAUUCUGUUCACGCGGUGUCCUGCCGUCGUAUUUGGUGGCAUCAAGGCGGCGCCAUUCUCCAGAUCGAAUUCUCGGCCUCGAUUGGUCCUCCUCAGAGCUUCCGCCUCCUCUGGCCCUUCGUCUUCUUCCUCCUCCUCCUCCUCCUCCUCCUCCUCCUCCUCCUCCCCUACGGGAGAGAUGAUGGAGUGCCAGAGGAGCCCCAUGGAAGGGGUUCUGGACGCUGCGCGCCGGUUGCUCCAGGCGAUGCGUAAGCCGGCGGCUGCCGCCUUGCUGAUCGGCCUGCUUCUCGCGGUCGAUCCCUCCGGUGCCCUAGCCGCCUCAGGGGGAAGGAUGGGCGGCAGAUCCUUCUCUUCCUCCUCGCCAUCUCUUUCGUCAUCCAGGAGCUACUCGGUUUCUCCGGGUUCCUCAUCGUCCUUUUCCUUCUCGGCGCCGUACUAUUACGCGCCUUCUCCAUUCUUCGGUGGCGGGGGAGGACUCUACCUUGGGUUCGGCGCUGGCUCCGGGUUCUUUGUCCUCAUGUUGGGCUUCGCGGCCGUCAUUAUGCUCUCGGGCUUCCUCUCCGAUCGCUCUGACGACGGCAGCGUUCUCACCGCUACUGAGAAGACCAGCGUCCUCAAGCUUCAGGUCAGCAAGAGUUGCUUCCUUCCCCCUAUUUUCCGUUUGGCUAUAUGUAAAAUAUUUUUCUGAUGUGGUCCAAUCUUUAGAAUGCUACCUACUGCCUUCAUUGAUCAUGAAUUUUAUGAUGCAGUGCUUCCGUAUAAUGAAUAUUUCGUCUAUCUAUGUGGAUAUAUUUUUCAUAGUUUACUGAUAAAAAGGAAUUCAUCUUAAUCCACAGAAAGAAGGUUCUCUCACUGAUUUGAUGCAUGAGAUUUGUGAUUUUGGAAGUAGAAUAGGUGUCUAUCUCCCCUCCCCUAUUCUCCUGUUCGUGGCCAUUUCUGUGCCCCUCUUGAACAGUGGUCUUGCUGGUUCUCUGGCAGUCUGUUAUAUAUCAUUUUUGGAGAGUCUCGUCUUAUUCAGUUUCCAUUUAAAUUCGGAAAGGGAACGACUGUCAUCAGUAAUACUUCUUGAUUUGUCUCCAUUGAAUUUUUAUUAUUCUCCUGUGGAAUCAAUCUCAAGUAACCCUUAUCUCUCUGAGACAUCACUUCUUGAGGCAGAUUGCUGGAGAACAGCAGUGCCUUCCGGGUAAAAUGGGAGAGUCAACUUUCGUCCCAUGUUUCUUUCUGAGCUCCUUUGUCCCCUUGCUGUCGAGCAACUGUAUCCUCCAUUUUGGGAUUGUCCUGCUGUGGUAAUUAUUGUGUCCAUGGUGAUGGUUUUACUUGGUUUAGUCUGAAUUUUUUUCCCAUGCUUUCAACGAUUAGCAUCAGUGACUUUAUUACGACAGUGAGGUAUAUUGUUCAUUAUGGUCAGGGGUACAAUUGUUGCUAGACUCCCGGUAUUUUCAGUGCUUCAUUCCGUUUCGUAGGUGGAAGAGAUUUUUUUCUUUUAUGCACGUAUGGAUACUAUUCCCUCAGUUGAGUUUUAUUCAUAGCUCGCACUUAAAUUUUUUUUGUUCUAAUAUAUUUGUAUUUGGUUCUAUAAUUUAUGUUGGAUUGGGAUUUUCUCUCAUUGGAAUGUGAUUCCACUUUUCAAUCUUUAGUUUCUUGUUCAGCAAAAAAUUUCAUUGAUUCUACCAGUGUUCUCAAAUUUUUAAUAGUUUUCAUAUUAAUUGAAAUCCUUCUUCUCUGCAUGCAAUCCAGCAAAAUACCAGCUGUCCUUAUGGUUAGACGUUUCUAUUUUUCUUAUGUCAGAAGAUUUUUAGCGAUUUAGUCCCUAUUUUUUUUUCUGUUUUUUACUUUGACUGUAUAAAUUUUGAUAUUGGCAUGCACUUGUGGAGACUGUGGAGCUGUAACCCCUUGGUUUAAGCAAGCACAGGUAUUUAUUAACUUGUCACAUAUUAAUUCACAUAAAAACGGUGAUCAGUGAGAAGUGUGGCUCACGGGCUGACCGUUCAUGCUAGUUUGCUGAUUUCUGUUCUUGUUGAUGAACAUAAUUUGUGCCUCAGAAAACAUGAUUUUUGGGCUCAUAUUUACGUUUAAUUUAUAUUUAUCACCGAAAAGUUUUUGCUGAUGAAAAUUUCUUAGGUUGGUUUAUUGGGAUUGGCGCGAUCAUUUCAAAGAGACCUUGAUAGAAUCGCAGAGACUGCAGACACAUCCACUCCAGAGGGCUUAAAUUACGUUUUGACCGGUAAAGUUCCUGCCGAAAUUCUUCCCUUUCAAACAAAAUACCCUUUUUAGAUCAUAGACUUCAUUGGCGUGUUCUAGAAUCACAGCCAGCAUCUAUGUUGCUUGGAUUCCUGAAGCAAGGACAUAAGUUUUUUGACGUGCACAUCUCAUCGGGACAGUGGGCUUCAUCCUGCAAACAUCAUCAUGGGUUGACUUAUCGCGUAUUCUGUUGACCACCUGCGUUGACUCGUGUUUUUCCAUCUUCUCAGAUGGUUGGACAUAGUCAGCAGCCAAGAUCGGCGUCACCUAGUUCAUCGGAUUGCUUGAUUGUUUGAAUAAUACCUGACUUUUGGGAUCCAAAAUGAUAAGUUGGGUGAGCAAACACGAAGAAAAUGUCGAAUGGGAAAAGCCAGCAUAAUUUUUUUCCCUCAUCUUUUAGAUUCUCCCUUCCUAAUUAAACACCAGAUAAACCAUUGGGAUCCCCGCAAACUGUCUAUGGAACCUCUAGAUGGAUAUGCUCACACAGCAGAAACAACAUCAGUUAUCAAAUAUCACCCCACAUUGGAUAGACAUUCUAAAGUGUGAUAGGUCUUGUUCAGAACGACAGCCAGAGGAUCUUUUCUCAGAGAGUCUAAGAUUGUAAGCAGAUAACUUACCUAGUAAUAGCAUUGGCUGUGUAUAUUUUCCAAGGAAAAUUUUCGUACAUCUUUUAUUUACCCCUUUUUUUUAUUUGUUUAUUAGUGGCCCAGUUUGCCGGUAACCGCUUGGAAAAAGAUGAAACUGAGACUUUGGGUUACAUAUAUAUAUUCAUAUAUAUCCAUGUCAAUUAUGUGUAUUAUUUUAUAAAUUCGCGCUGAAUACUUUGGUGUUAUGAUGCAGAAACCACACUGGCAUUGCUUCGCCAUCCAGACUGUUGCGUCUCUGGUUAUUCAUCUGUAAGCAUAUAACUCCCUCUCUCCCAAUCAUCUUCAACGACAUCAUCAGGCCUAAGAGCUCUCAACCCAUAAGUAUCUUUCAAGCAUUACCUUUUACGUUCAAUAUGCAUGCGGCAAUCUAGAUUAUAUAAAUUAUUUUUUGCCCUAUCUGAUGGCCACGCCCCUUUCCCGCGCUUCCAUUAUUACCCGAUCAGGGAAUGACGCCGCAAAAAUCUGGCCUUCAGGUAGAUGUCAAGCGGUCUGUGGACGACGGGGAGAAGCGCUUCAACCAGCUCUCGAUCGAAGAGCGCGGGAAAUUCGACGAGGAAACCCUCGUCAAUGUGAACAGCAUCAAGAAGAAAAGCUUGAGCAGCUCAAGAUCCAACACAUUCAGCAACGAAUACAUUGUGGUAUGCUAUUUCUCUCCCCAAAUGGCUGUUUAAUUUAAUUCCUGUCUGAACCAGUUGAAAUUUUUUUGGUUAUUUUAUGAAAGACGGUUGAUCAGUUUUAAAUCCAAAAAAAUCAAAUGUUUAAUUUUUCUGGUGCUCCAACUAAUUAUUGUUAAACUAUUAUAUAUGUAUGUGUUUUAUUUUUUUAUUUUAUGAUGGAUGGGUGGUCGGUUUAUAUAUAUAUAUAUAUUAUUAUUAUAUUUUUUUCAUCUAAUUUUUAUCUUCCUUUUCCCCACCUGAAUAUCGGCCAAUGUCUCCUCCAGAUAACAAUCCUCGCGGCCGCCGAAGGAGUCCACAAGCUCCCCGUCAUCAAUGGCAGCUCCGACCUCAGAGAUGCCUUGCAGAAGCUGGCUUCCAUCCCUUCAAGCCGCCUCAUGGUGCUGAAAAUAAAUAAUAGAUAAUAGCGAAUAAUGAUUUAUUUAUUUUCUCUGGUGUUGGUCUCCCCUAGAUGAUGUAAUUAAUUGAUUAAUUAAUUAGGGUCAAAAUUUGGUGUGUGCAGGCCGUUGAAGUGCUGUGGACCCCACAGAACGAGGACGACACCCUCUCAGAGAGGGAGCUCCUAGAAGACUACCCGCUUCUGAGACCCCUGUAG